GUAAGGAUGAGAGAAAGACUCAGAAGCUCUGGGGAGCGCCAGAGGUUGAUGGUGAUGGAUGGGAAACGCUCUGUGCGAAGAUGUCCUGCUCAAGCACCACCAGAUUUUCAAGAUAACUCUAAUGAGCAAGGUAGUAGUACCAGGGGAACAAGAGGAUCAGGCAAGACCCAGACAAACAGCUGGUACCUGCUUAAUUCUUCAGGAGGUGAUCCCAGGACAUCAGCUACCUCAUCUAGCCAGAUGUCUUCAAUUUACGAUCAGGGAGAAGAAAAUGGGCGAGGUUUUACCAGAGAAGUCAUUGCCGGUGAGAGUUGCUAUAGCCACUUCUCAUCUAAUUCUACAGCUUCAUCUGAAAGGAGUACGCUGAAAACCAUAUGCUGCAUUCCCAGCCUUAUUGUAUAUUCUAUUUUCUGCUUUCUUCGAAAACUUUUACAAUCCUGCUGCUGUGCAAGAAACCAAAAUCCUAUGGCAGACUGUGUGAAAUGCUUGACAUUCCUCAUCAUAGCUGUCUCAGUCAUUUAUGGUACCGUUUACUGCAUUUGUCAAUAUCUGCAAUUAUCAGAUGGCCUAUCAUCAAAGGAACUUACAAAAGUGUAUGAAACUGAGCUGAAUGAACUCUGGAAAUCACAACAUCUGCUUGAAGAACAAUUCCAUGAAAUUCAGGGUCUUAAAAAAGAGAUGGAUCACAUGCAUUCUGAGAUCGGCAGCAUCAGGAAAGGCAUCUUACAGUCCACAAAGCAAAUCCUUGAGGAAAGUGACUUUCCAGGAGACAAGAAAGAAAUGUUUGAUAUACUCCAUUUGGCUUUUAAGAAGAUUUUUGAAGACGACAUACAGAUGGCUGACUGGGCUCAAAAAUCAAUAGGAGCCACGAUUGAUAAAGACAGGACAUCCAAGACUUACGAUUUUUUGCACCAGGAAUACUGUUGGUUUCCAUUUAUCUCCUCAGCCAACCCCCCUGAAACUAUUUUACAGCCGGAUGUUAACCCUGGAAACUGCUGGGCGUUCUCAGGAUCAGAGGGCCAAGCAGUAAUUAAACUGCCUGAAAAAGUCCAACUCACAGCCGUUACAGUUCAACACAUCUCGAAAGCAAUAGCUUUUUCGGAAGGAAUCACAAGCGCCUUAAAAGAUUUCUUGGUUUAUGACAAAGAACUUUCUUCAGCAGUGCAAUCUGCCAGUGUUUAUGCUGCAUGA